AUGGAGGUGCUUACCGUUCGUCUUGGAAAUAUCCAUUGCGAUGACUGUCGCAUUGCGGUUGCAAAUGCCCUUGCCAAACUGGGGAUUAAGAUUCAAGAUAGUUCAAAAGAUCAUGUACCAAAUUCCUACCAUAUCGAAGACAAUAAUGUGAUCGUAUAUGGAUCCAACCUACAACCAAAAACAAUCAUCAAAAAUAUCGUUAAGAAUGGUUUUAAAGUGCUCUCCUGGGAUGCGACAACUGAAGAUGACGAUACUAACGAAGAAUUAAGUACCACUACAGUGAUUCCUUCAACCUCAUGGUGGUCCAAAUUUCAGGACUCAAGACAAAAGCGCUCACACCUCAAACAUUGUUCAAAGUGUAAAGAAGAACAAACCGAUCAAGAUUCUGAAUUAACCGCUAUUUCUCCCGUUGUUGAAAAGCAAGAGAGAGAGUUCAGAGUUGUAUUCUCGGUGGAAGGUAUGACAUGUGCCAGUUGUGUCCAUGAUGUAGAAGAAAAAAUUGGUACUAUUCUUUCUGAUGCUGGAGUGUCUUUAAAUGAUACUGACAAACAACCUAACUAUUCUGUAAGCUUGAUUCUGCACACUGCUGUUGUUGUUCUCCCCAAUAAGCAACUCAUCAAUAAAAUUGUCGAUGGGGUUUAUAACAUUGGAUUUGAAUGCAAACUUGUGGAAGCAUUGCCUGUUGAGAGAUCCAUCAACACAAAGAUUGUUGCCAUAAUUGGGGGUAUGACAUGUGCUGCAUGUUCUAAUUCCAUUCGACUGGCAGCCAUUGAACUACCAUUUGUAUUAGAAUGUGGUAUUAACCUCGUUAGUAAGACUGGUCAAUUUGUUAUGGAAUAUGACCCCGAAAAUUUAGAAAAACUAAAAGAAACAGUGGAGGAAUGUGGUUUUGACUUUGAAGUUGUUACAACUGAACAAAUCAAUUACACGUCGACUAAGAAACGGUCGCGUACCAUCAAUGUUAGCGUUGAUGGUAUGUUCUGUUCUCAUUGUCCAGAAAUCGUCAUGGAUUACCUCAAUUCGUAUGGUGAAGCAGUUGUAAUUGAUGACCCAAUUACUUUGGAUCAUCCAUAUAUCAAAUUUACAUAUUUACCUAAUCCGGAAUCAGGUAUCCAUAUAAGAAAGUUUCUUGAUGAUAUCAGUCACUUGGAAGCUGAUUCUACUGAUCCUUUGGGGUAUAAAAUUGACAAGAAUAAUGACGAAUCGUCUUUUAAGGCCACAUUGGUUCAACCAAUUUCUAUGGAUGAACACCUUCGUGAGCUUUCGAAGAGAGAAGUUUUCAAUAUUGUUAGGCGGCUCAUUUUGGCUACCGUGUUUGCCGUUCCUACAUUUAUUUUUGGAAUUGUAGGUAUGUCGCUUCUCCCAAAGUCCAACAAUUUUAGAAUAUGGGUUGAUGAACCCCUUUGGGUUGGUGCAGUUUCUAGAAGUACCUGGAUUUUAUUUAUUUUGAGUACUCCAGUUUAUUUUUUUGCUGCUGAUAUCUUUCACAUUAAGGCAUUAAAGGAGCUCAAAGCAUUAUGGUUUUAUAAGAAUUCCUUUCGGAAACGUUUAUUUCGUUUUGGAUCUAUGAGUCUUUUGAUGUGUUUGGGUACUUCCGUUUCAUACUUUGCAAGUAUUGUAUUGUUAAUUUUGAGUUCACAAAAGAAAAAUGGCAUGGAUAUGAGAGAGGGAAUCACCAUGUCCUAUUUUGACCUGGUGGUAUUCCUUACCUUCUUCUUGCUUAUUGGGAGAUUACUUGAAAGUUUUUCAAAGAGUAAGACUGCUGAUGCUAUUGCGAGUUUGAGUAAAUUGAAAGUAACUCAAGCUCAUUUAGUUGAUAGAGACAAUGACAAUGACGAGGAAGAUAAAGUAGUUGACGUCAAAUUCCUAGAAGUGGGUGAUCUCAUAAGAGUUGUUUCUGGGGACUCCCCACCUGUUGACUGUACGGUUGUUGAAGGUCAAUCCGAAUUUGACGAGGCUGCUCUUACUGGUGAGUCCAAGCCAGUAAAGCAUACGUCAGGACAUCAAAUAUUUUCCGGGACCGUAAAUGUAGGGAAUGAGGCCAUUAUAGCUAAAAUCACAUCUUUGGAAGGUGAUUCACUUCUUGACCAGAUUGUGAACACAGUAAGAGAUGGACAAUUAAGAAAGGCACCAAUUGCUAGAACAGCUGAUCUUUUGACCGGGUAUUUUGUUCCUGUUAUUGUUUUCUUGGCAGUGCUUACUUGGGUCAUUUGGAUUUCACUUGGGUACAGUGGAUCUCUCCCUGAGCAUUAUCUUGAUACUGAGAUUGGUGGCUGGGCUGUAUGGUCUCUCGAAUUCUGUAUCGCAGUCUUUGUCAUUGCAUGUCCAUGUGGUAUUGGAUUGGCUGCUCCAACUGCAUUGUUUGUUGGUUCAGGUUUAGCAGCAAAAUAUGGUAUACUUGCCAAAGGAGGAGGUAUUGCAUUCCAAGAUGGAGCAAAUACGAACGUCGUUUGUUUUGAUAAGACUGGUACAUUAACUUAUGGAGAACUUCAGGUAACUGAUUAUUUAUUUACCGAUGAUGAAGAUAUAGCAAGCAAGACAUUUUCUCUUCAAGCAGCCAAGGAUUUGGAAUUGGUUUCUAAGCAUCCAUUGGCUAAGUCAGUGAAAUCGUUUUUGAAUAAGUAUGGAUUCCCCAAAAAUAAUAUAACAGCAACUCAAAACAAAAUCCCACAAGUUGAAAAUGUACCUGGGAAGGGUCUUCGUGGUUAUUUCGUUAUAGAAGAAACUCAAGAAGAAGAAAACAGCAUAUGGACAAAAUAUUCUCCUUCAGAGGCACUUUUGGGAAAUGAAGCAUUACUCCAUGAUUACAACGUCGAGAUUAGUACGAAGCAAAGUGAAAUCUUGACUAGAUGGAAAUCCGAAUGUAAGUCAGUUGUUCUCGUGGCAAUUCGAUGUAAGGAUUUAUAUGGUGAUGAUCUCUAUCACUUGUCCUUUAUGAUGGCAUGUAGAGACCAGAUCCGGGCUGAAACAAAAACUGUGGUUUCCUCUCUUCAGAAAAGUAAUAUUGAGUGCUGGAUGAUUACUGGAGACAAUAAACUUACUGCCAAGGCAAUCGGGAAAGAAAUUGGAAUUUCUGAAGAUAGAAUCGUUAGUGAAGUGUUACCGGACGAAAAACAAGCACAAGUGCAAAAGAUUCAAAAGUUAAGUAAGGGGAAGCGGAAUAUUGUUGCAAUGGUUGGUGAUGGUAUUAAUGAUGCACCAGCAAUGGCUUCUGCAGAUCUUGGUAUUGCUUUGUCUUCUGGUGCCGAUUUGGCAGUAACCCUGAGUGAUUUUAUUAUACUUAAUAGAGAGAAUCCAUUGGUCACCUUAGUGACUUUGUUAGAUCUCUCUCGGACAAUUUUCAGACGAGUAAAGUUUAAUUUUGGCUGGAGUUUAGUAUACAACAUGAUUGGUAUCCCGGUUGCUGCUGGGGUAAUAUAUCCUUACAAUAACACACGUUUGAGUCCAGUCUGGGCCAGUGCAGCCAUGGCACUCUCGUCAAUCAGUGUGGUACUCAGUAGUUUGGCCUUGAAAUUCUAUACUCCACGCGUUAAGGCUGUAGAAGAAUUGGAAUUGGAAGAGGAAGAACCUAGAAAAGUUACGUUGCAAGAAUAA